AUGGCGUCUUGCUCAGAAGACUCUCAGCAGAUUGAAAAUCCGCUUGAACUCUACAAGUUGUCGACAAAGACCUCUUCACUCUCGUUAUCCUCAUCUCCAGGCAAAUAUUCACAACAAUCCACUUCAUCGACAUUCUCACCUCAGUCAUUAUCCAGUUGUACACAAUCUUCGAUAGAGGAUCCCUCAUUCAUCAUCCGUGAACCAGUCGAUCUCGAUUUGAUUGAGAUGCCAUUUUCACGUGUAGUGUCAACGCACAAAUAUUGCUGCCUUUGUGGUUCUCCAUCAGAAAUAAAUACUGUACCAUCUCAAGCUCGACUACAAUCAUUUCAAGUGAAGAAGAUUUUGAUCCCUAAAGGAAAUCGUUGUUGCCCAAAACAUAUAAUUAAAGGUAAAUUCUAUGCGGAUGAUCUAGAAUUAUUAAAAAUCCAUGCUGGUUCUAGCAUGAUCGAAGUAUCAGACUUGACUUUUUUCCUUCAUAAUUCGAUAAGCAAUGAUAGUCAUGACUUGAAGCAACGAAUAGGAGACGGCACUCUAUCCGAUCAUCGUCUGCAAACUUUGACUGGUUUUACCUAUAAGAAUCUCGAUGAAGUGUGUGGGAAAAUGACAUCAAUGAGGAAUUCCAAGACGCGUAGUAUUCUACAAGCUCUUGUGGUUUUUCUUUUUAAAAUGAGAACUGGAAAUUCAAAUAGUAUCGUCGCCUCUGUAUUAGGACUCGAUCGAGAACAGCAAGUGUCAGACUACUGUACAGAAGUUAUCAAUUCAUUUGAAAAAGAUAUAUUACCAGACGGGUUUGGAUAUUUCAGUAAAUCAAGAGAGGAACUAAUCGAGAAUCAAACAUCUGAAACAGCGAAGAAGUUAUACGAUAUCAAUGAUCAAUUGUUGCUGAUAUUUGAUGGGACUUACAUUCGUCAUCAGAAGAGUACGAAUAAUAUGUAUCAGCGGAAAUCGUAUUCCGGACAGAAGAAAGCGCCUCUGUGUAAGCCUUUUACUAUUUGUACAUCUAACGGCUAUGUAGUUGAGAUGGAAGGCCCAUUUUAUGCGAAUCAGAACGAUGCUGAAAUUAUGAAAAUAUUGUUGGAAAAACCGGAUGGUCUUCAGCGAAUUAUGAAGCCAGGGGACAUUUGUGUAGUUGACAGAGGAUUUCGAGAUGUGGUAAAGGAAUUAGAAGAGAAGAAAUAUCGAGUAUUUAUGCCAGCACUUAAAGGGAAACGUUCUCAGCUCACAACGGAGGAAUCGAAUGACUCUCGAUGGGUGACAAAGGUUCGUUGGGUGGUCGAAGCUGUUCAUGGUAUUAUUGGCCAAAAGUAUAAGAUACUGCAUCACAACCUAGAUAACAAGCUGUUGCCGAAAGUGCAAUCCCUCUUCAGAAUUGCUUGCUACCUGAAUAAUACUUAUGGGAAGAGACUGAACUCUGAUGUUGGCAUCAGUGAUGAAGUUCUUGAGCGGAUGAAGUCUAGACGUACUUUUGAAAAUUCAUUGGCAGAAGAAGCAGAGACUCAGCGUUGGAACCGUCGAAAAACUCAGUUCCAAAAAUUGACAUCAGCUGAUCUGCUUGAUUUCCCAGAGCUGACCGAGCGAGAACUGAAGAUACUUUUCACUGGAUCAUACCAGCUUUCCCAAGCUGUAUCCUAUCUAGCAGAAAUGAUGGAUGAGGAUGGCCAUAUUCCGUUGAGUUAUUCGAAGAAACUCGAGAAGGAGACGAACGAAAUCAUUCAGAUUCUAGUGAGAUCUAGACACAUCACCAGCAAAACAUACAAAUGUUACAUUGAUUACACUCGUGACUCACAAGGCGCUUCCGGGAUUCGACGUUACUCUUGCGAUUGUCCGAAUGGCAAACGCACGAUUGGAUGCUGCUCGCACAUUGCAGCGGUCAUUUAUUACCUAUCACAUGCUCGAUAUCUUUCCAAAAUCAUCAAACCAGCGGAAAUCCUGACCAGGCUCUUUGACGUAGAAGAAGUGAACGCCGUGAUUAACAGUGAUAGUGAUGAAGAUUAA